AUGGAACAAAAUAACCAUACACCGUUUUUUGGAACUCUUUAAUAGAGGAGUUUAAAAAAAGUAUAAAAUCACAUAAACGCUUACACAGUGGGAUAAAAAUAUAUGCGUAUCAAAAGCUUUUAAACUACAUUGAUUAUCAGCUGUUUUUGCGAAAAGCCGGUUGUGAAGUUUGAAGAUUGCUUGUAUACUCAUCAUGUCAGUUACAGUACACGACCAUACAUACGGGGCAGAUUAUAAAUGCAGCAAUAGCAGUGGAAAAUGUGUAAAAGAAGAUAUGAUGGAUCCGGUGGAUCCGGAGGAUUAUGCUGUACAUCAUGACCACUCUUAUAUGUGUAUGGAAAAACCAUGUUCGAGCAAUGAUGUCCAAGCAGACCAGAAAGAUGAUGAGACAGAAUAUGUCAUCUCAGAGGAUGAUGAUAAUGAAGACGAAGGAAAUACAGGUGGAAAUUUCUAUCAUUUGCAAGGACGGCAUAUCAUAGAUCUUGAAAUAUUAAUUCAAGGUCUGGAAAGAGGUUGUCAUUAUUGCAAGAAACCUCUACAGCUGUCCUCUUGCAUUGGAGACACCAGAUAUGGACUAGGAAGCUUACUUCACAUGGAAUGUGAGCACUGUGAAAAAGUUACAUUAAUACCUACUGGAACGAGACAUGGUCCUAAUGUUUGGGAUGUAAACUCCAAAUUAGGUGCAGCUAUGCUUUUUUGUGGGAUUGGAGAAACUACAAUUAACUCUCUUCUUGGGGCACUAAAUUUGCCAUCUGUUACCAAAACUACAUUGAAGAAGAGAGAAAGAGAAGCAGGGAUUGCAUUUGAAGAAGUUGCUUAUGAGUCUUGUUGUGAAGCACUUCUGGAAGAAAAGAGCAGGUGUGCAAGUCCUGAUAGCGUAGAAACUGUAAGCUUUGAUGCUGGCUGGCAGACACGAGGAAGUGGUAGAAAUUAUGCCAGCCACACAGUUCUCUUUCAUAGAUACAUCCUCAAAAAAGGGUACCGGACUUUCAUUUUUAAGAAAAUUGACCCCAACAACGGUGACAAAAACAAGAACGAUGACAACAUACGCCAGGAAAAAAAGGUUAAAAGCUUACACGAGCCUUUGGCUUAG